UAUGCGCGCUCCGCCCACUGGAGAACUAAAUGCGUCAACGUUUGAGGUUUUUGGAGAGUUUGUGCUGUCUUGCGUUCUUUGGCAGUUUUUAGCACAUGGCGAGAUCUGAUCUGGUCUGAGGUGGAGUCGUUUGAAUUUUCCGUUUCCUGACCCAGAGUGAAGAUGAAUGAGGAUGCAUUCGAGGUUCCAGAGAGGACUGAGUACCGCUACUUGGUACAGGAGGAGGAUGAGGAGGAGGUGCAGUAUGUGCGUCACAGACACUACAUCAGCCCCUUCCUGGUCCUGUCCAAACGCUGCAUCUUCCUCAUCUGCCUCGGCGUGCUCGCUCUGCUCGCUCUUGCAGCCUACCUGGGUUACGUAGCCCAGACGCUGCCACCGGGACUCGCCCAGGUGUCGACUGACUGUGGCGACUUUAGAGGAAGAUAUAAAAAUGGAGCCUACUCCUUUAAGGGCAUGCCCUACGCUGCUCCACCUGUUGGUGGCCUGCGCUGGGCUCCUCCAGCUGAACCGGUAUGCAAGAGCGGGGUUACCGACGCGGGCCACUUUCGCAGCAUUUGCCCUCAGGUGAGGCCCUUGUCGAGCACGGGGAAGGUGAUGGGCCAGGAGGACUGCCUGUUCAUCAACGUGUGGACCCCCACCCUGCAGCCUGACGCCAAGCUUCCCGUCAUGGUGUGGAUCCAUGGAGGAUACCUGCACAUGCUCAGCGGAGGAGAGAAGGGAUACUCGCCUACGGAGAAGCUCGCCGCCGACACAAAAAUGGUUUACGUCAGCUUCAACUAUAGACUCAAUGCCUUUGGCUUUCUCGCUCUACAGAUUCUGAGAGAAGGUUCUCCAAGAAACACCUCAGGGAAUUAUGGCUUCCUGGAUCAGAUCGCAGCUCUGAAGUGGGUUCAGAAGAACAUCCGUGUGUUUGGAGGAGAUCCUGGCAAAGUUACCAUAUUUGGACAGAGCUCAGGUGGAACGUCAGUGUGGACCCUGAUGAUGUCACCAUUAGCCAAGGGUCUCUUUCAUGCAGCAGUGGACAUGAGUGGCUCGUACGUCUACAACGCGACCCUGGAAAAAGCCGAGGUGGACAACCUGGCGUUCCUGAAUAAGACGGGCUGCAGAGAUCUGGCCUGCCUGAGGCGCCUCUCUAUCGGACAGGUCCUGCAGGCCAUCCCAUGGCAGGAGUACCCCUCCUGGGCAGCAGAUGAGAUGACUGACCUCCCCACCAAAGGGCAAUUCAUCGGCCCGGUUGCAGUAGUGGACGGCUACGUCCUCAAAGCGCCCCCUUUUGAGCUGUGGGAGAAGAAAGGAGAGCACAGUGACGUCCCUUUCCUUGUUGGAACAACAGAGCAAGAGGCUGACUUCGCUCCUCCAUCUACAAACAUCUCCCAGUGGACCUGGGGGGACUACACGUGGUUCGUAACAGCUAAACUUAAGUCAUUCGGCGACGGUCUCGUCAAGGAGGCGUUGCAGCUGUAUCAAUCUUCGGCCCCGUGUCCAACCAAAGACCGCUGCCCAGAGAGGUCCUAUACCACCAUGGUGUCUGACAUCAGGGUCACCUGUCCCAACAACGACCUGGCCCAGAGGGCUGCAGCUGCUCUCGACAGUCCUGUGUAUCGCUACGUGGUGACGCACACGCCAUCCGGACCUGUCAACACGUCCAGCGACCUGCUGCCAUUCCCCAGCCGCUUCUCCUUCCACUGUCUGGAUGCCGUGGCGUUCUUUGGAGGGCUGGAGUUCAUUUUAGGGAAACCUCUCUCAGAUGGGGACCGGCGCUUUCAGGAUCUCAUCACACGCAAUCUCGUCAGCUUUGCCAAAACAGGUAAGCUGGAGACAAAGUGGCCCGAGUACCCAUCAGCCAUCGCUUUCUUGUCCGAGAGCCUUAAGGUGGUCAGGAACUACACCUCUCCUCAGUGUGAUCUGUGGAGGAAGAACGGCCUGUAUGCCUACGCCUGGAUGAACUGAGCACAGACGGCAGCUGGAAGUCACUUUGUAGUUCCUCUGCUUUGUCUCUCAUCCAGCUCAAAUCCUGCAGCAGCCGCUGUUAGUUUGAAUCCUCAACAGAGAUGAAACGUUUGUUUGAGGCAGCAUUUGAUUACUCAAUCUUAAUUCUAUUAUUUUUAAGUCCAGCAACGAGCCAUAUUUGUGUUUUAAAUAAUGCACACUUUCUCACUUCAUUCCUAGUUUAAGUUUGUACAUUUUUUUUCAGCCACAUUUCAAUUUGAGUUGAAGGGAAUUCUGGCGGAUCCGCAUGUCGCUAUGGACCGUUUUAAAACUAACAGCUUUAUAUUCAAGGAAGCUUAACGUGUUUGCAUUAGAGGGCGGUGAGAAAGACUUUUGGUGUUGUAACUUGGGUGAAUCAAAACUUAACAGACACUGGGUCCGCAUAAAGUAACUGUACAUUAAACUAGGCAUUAACUAAGCAAACCAAGGGGAGCUGCAGUGAACUUGCUGUGGGUUUUAAAGAAAACAUGUUUGUGCCAAAUCAGUCUAAAACAUGAUAUGAAGUACCCUUUAUCUGGGUGCAGUCAUGUUACAUCAGUUUAAAACACACACAAAGUUAAACUUCGCUGAUCCGCUGAAAAGUUUUAUAGCUCAAAAACAAGUUAGCACCCUGGCACGUCUUCAAAAAGCUCAUGCAAUCCACACGACUGAGGGAAAGUUCUUCAAGUCUGGCUCUUCGGAGCAGUUUUGGAAAUAUACAAAAGAAAGUUUUUCUUUCCUCAAAUUAAGCUUUGAAAAGGUAAAACAUUUGGAUAAAGUCAGGAAUGCUGUUUUCCUCCUCUUUAUAUGUAAUAUGAUAAAACAUUUCUAAACCUAGAAUCUCUAAGCAGAAGUCCUCGUUUGACUGCUCACGCUGCGCCGCAGCUUCUGUUUCAGACUGACCUUUGAAUGGUCAUCACUGGGAUGAGAGCAGGUCUGCAGCUGAAACUGAGCAGCCAUGUCAGCCAAGACGGACAUGAAGCGAGACCAAAUUGAAAACAGAGGAAACACACUUUGGCCACGCCAACACAAUCUCCUCUCAUCAGCUGCGCUAACUGAAAGAUUUGCCUUCCUGCAUCUUCAUCCACUCACAAAAAUGAAAAUCAAAGUGAAGUGUCUUUCAAGGUUUUUAGAAACUGAAGAGAAUCCAGUACACUCAGCAGAUGAAUAAGUGUAAGUGGGGACUGGAUCUUUCAAAAAGUACCAGCUGCUCUGAAGGCAGGUCAGAGGCAUACAAGGAGACGCAUUUGACUUCUUCUUUUUCAUAGGCCAGAACUUUUCUUCUCCAGUUGAUAUAAAGCAAUAUUAACCUUAACGAAGGCUCAGUCUGUCUCUCAUCUUUGCAGAUUGUUGCUGCUAAAGCCUUUAACUGCUUCUAUUUUUUUUUUUAAAGAACUGCGAGGGUUCUUCAGAUCAUUUGUUUUCUAAAGACGUGCAAAGUCUUUAGACUAGUCUUGUUAAAUUUAUUGGAGAAUAAAUGGAUUUUUAUUUCACUAUCACUUCUGUCAGCCUGGAAUUUCGGGGGUUUGCCAGGACACAUCCAGUCUUGAUGACUAAAAGGCUUUUAGAGGAUUGCGACUUUACUAAACUUUAUGAAGCAGGAGGAAUGUCUCUGUAGUCUUUCAUUUAAAUGAACUACACAAAGUAAAAGUAUGUAAGUAAACCCAGGUCAUUUUCACACGGACUCUUUGUUUGUAUUCACAGAGGAAAUAUUAAGGUGUGAAGGGAAUUUAAAAAUCAGAGGAUUUUUGCUUUAUAAUUUCAAGAAAAAUGUGUCCGUGUUAUUGUCAACUGUGAAUGUGCUGUUGAGUCACAGGAUGUUAGUUUUUGAAUUUUGUCACAUUCUGCUGUUUGCACUGAUUUCAAGCUUGGCCACUGCGAACAUGUGAACACGUUUUGUUCUUUGUAUAUUUGAUUUAAUUUGUUUUGAUUGGUUUUAAAUGCUCGCUUUCUUUUGCUCCUCAUUUGUUGUAUUGUUAUGUGAAUCCAAUCAGCAGACCUUAUGUAUUUAAAGAUGUACCACAUUUCCAUUUUAAUCAAACGACACUAAUCAUUGCCAUCGGUUUGCAUGGUGUUUCUGUAAUGGUUUGCAAACAGUACUUUGAUGAUUAUAUUUGGCUGUGUGUGUUCGUGUGUUGAUGUUCACUUUUGUAUGUUCAAUAAAACUGCAUCAUGCUGACUG